AUAAUUGCUCUAUAACCAACCUUGUCUGGCUUUCUACUUGUGCUGUUCUGAUUCUGAGUCGUUUCUCUGCCUUUGAUUUCUCGUACUUGCUUCCAUGGCUUUUGUUGGAGAGGCUCUUCUGUCUUCUUUCUUUGAAACUCUGUUUCAGAGGUUGUUGUCCUCUGACCUGCUCGAUUUUGCUCGCCCAGUGCAAGUUCGUGCUGAGCUCAACAAGUGGGAGAACACCCUAAAGGAAAUUCAUGCCGUGCUGGAGGAUGCGGAGGAGAAGCAGAUGGAAAAGCAAGCGGUGAAGAAAUGGCUCGACGACCUCAGAGACUUGGCUUAUGAUGUGGAGGACAUCCUGGACGACUUGGCCACUCAAGCUUUGGGGCAGCAGUUGAUGGCGGAAACUCAACCCAGCACUAGUAAGAGUCUUAUCCCUUCUUGUCGUACUAGUUUCACUCCAAGUGCUAUUAAGUUCAAUGAUGAGAUGAGGUCCAAGAUAGAGAAUAUCACUGCCAGGUUGGAACAUAUUUCUUCACGGAAAAAUAAUCUCCUUUCAACAGAAAAAAAUUCUGGGAAAAGGUCCGCCAAACCAAGAGAAAUACUACCCACCACUUCUUUGGUGGAUGAACCUAUUGUUUAUGGAAGGGAAACAGAGAAAGCAGCCAUAGUCGACUCCUUGCUCCAUUAUCAUGGGCCAAGUGACGAUUCAGUCCGUGUCAUUGCCAUAACUGGCAUGGCAGGCGUGGGCAAAACUACUCUUGCUCAGUUUGCCUACAACCAUUAUAAAGUGAAGAGUCAUUUUGAUCUAAGAGCUUGGGUUUGUGUCUCUGAUGAGUUUGAUGUCGUGGGGGUAACCAGGACAAUUCUUCAGUCUGUUGCUACUGAUAUGUCCGAUGUCAACGAUGUCAACGAUCUCAACCAGCUUCAAGUCAAACUGAAUGAUAAACUCUCUGGAAAAAAGUUUCUUCUUGUUUUAGACGACGUUUGGAGUUGGGAUUGUAAUAAAUGGAACCUUUUAUUCAAGCCAAUGAGAACUGGAGCAAAAGGCAGCAGGAUUAUUGUCACCACUCGUGAUCAAAGGGUUGGACCAGCCGUCAGAGCCAGCUCAGAUUAUCCCCUCGAGGGGUUAUCAAAUGACGAUUGCUUAUCUUUGUUUGCCCAGCAUGCAUUUAUACAUACCAGAAACUUUGAUAAUCAUCCACACUUGAGAGCUGUCGGCGAACGAAUUGUGAAAAAGUGCAGGGGGCUACCUUUGGCUGCAAAGGCCUUAGGAGGAAUGUUGCGCACACAACUAAAUCGUGAUGCAUGGGAGGAAAUACUCGGAAGCAAGAUAUGGGAGUUACCAGAAGAGAAUAACAGUAUUCUUCCAGCUCUCAAAUUGAGUUAUCAUCAUCUUUCUUCUCAUUUGAAGCGCUGCUUCGCUUACUGCUCUAUAUUUCCAAAGGACUCCGAAUUCAAUGUGGAUGAAUUAGUCUUGCUGUGGAUGGGAGAGGGAUUCCUUCACCAGGUGAACAGAAAGAAGCAGAUGGAGGAGAUAGGCACCGCGUACUUUCAUGAAUUAUUAGCAAGGUCUUUUUUCCAACAAUCAAAUCAUCAUUCAUCACAAUUUGUGAUGCAUGAUCUUAUUCAUGAUCUUGCUCAAUUGGUUGCUGGAGACGUAUGUUUCAAUUUGGAAACAAUGACCAACAUGCUAUUUCUACAAGAGCUCGUCAUUCAUGUUUCACUCGGCAAGAAUUUGAGGUUGUUGGAAAAUUGGAAGCCUUUGACAAAGCGAAGAAUCUACGCACGUUAA